UCGGGGAAAGCAGCAGUCUGAGCGGAUCUACUGUCUUGACAACACGCUCUCCGCAGACGGCGCGGUGGCCACAGGGUCUAACUAAAUGACUGCAAACACACUCAAUACGAAGCCAUAGAAUUUUACUUUUAUAUUUUUUUUAUAAAAAAAAUACCAAAGAUGGAGUUGGACCCUGCGGUCAUCAUUCCGGCCAUUCUGUUCACCAUAGUAGCCAUUUAUUUAGCGUCUUCCUACUUGAACAAGAAGAAGGUCGAGGCACCUGCGAACAAAAAGAAACGCCGCGUGGUUGAAGAGAAGGAUGAAGUUUCCUCGUCUAGUUAUGUGUCGGUUCAGAACGUGGAGCCCAGAGUGGAGAAGCCCGCUGUGAUCGAAGAAGUGAAACCUGUCGUGGUGGCCAAGGCCGAGCCGGUGCCCGUUGUGGCCCCUGUUGUAGAGGAGGUGGCCCCUGUGGUAGCGGAGGUGGCCCCUGUGGUAGCGGAGGUGGCCCCUGUGGUAGAAGAGGUGGCCCCUGUGGUAGAGGAGGUACGACCCGUGGAAACAGUGGUCUCUGGCAAUCAAAUCACAGAAGUUGAGGUUGCACCACAGCCUGAACCCGAACCAGAACCAGAGAUCGUCUCCCUCCCGGAACCAGUGGUGGUGGAGUCCAUCCCUGAGCCAGAACCAGUCGCACCGGCUGUAGAAGCAGUGACAGAACUGUUGGUAGAAUCGCUCCCAGUGCCAGAACUUCAGUCACUCCCAGAACCACAGGAGGAGGAGCCGGUCGUUGUAGCGGAACCUGUAGUCGUAGAAGAACCGGUUGUUGUCAAGGAACCCGAGCCCACCACAGAACCUGAAGCCACCAAACCUCAGGAGGAAGAGCCGGUUAUUGUAGCAGAACCUGUAGUCGUAGAAGAACCGGUUGUUGUGAAGGAACCCGAGACCGCCACAGAACCUGAAGCCAAGCCGGAACCAGAAGCAGAACCAGAGUCUGUGUCAGAGUCGACCAUUCCAACAGAACCCUCUCAGCCAACUGCUGAUGAGACUCCCAUCCCAGAACCAACCGUUGAUGUCCUGCCUGAGGAGACCUCUCCAGAAGAAGUCCCUCACACCAACACGGCCGCUGAAGACGAGGAGAGGGUGACCUUCGCGGCUGGGAAGAAACAGAGCAGGUUUGAGACGUUGAUGACCAAGGAGGAGAUGGAGGAGGAGCAGAGGGUGCAGCAGGAGCAGUUGGCGGCCAUCUUUCUCCUGCUGAGGGACAACCAGGAGGUGCUGGGGGACGUGACGGAGGGCGACAUGGAGGAGCAGUUCAAACUGUACGCACUCUGACCCCCGGACACCAGGGGGAGCCGGGGAGCCAAUCACCAACCAGAGAAACAAUCACAAACAGAGAACCAACCAGAGAACCAAUCAGCAGUCUCAGAACUGAAGAACCAGUCAGAGGGGGAGGGGGACUUCUGCUUUAUUCAAUUAGUAGAUGCUUUUAUCCAGAUAGCUUACUUACCUCUGAUUAGUCACUAAGGAGCAAGUAGGGGUUAGGGGGCAUCUUGCUCCUCAGUGACUUACUUUAGACACUAAGAAGCAGGUAGGGGUAAUUGGGCAUCUUGCUCUAGGAAGCCACAGCAGACAUUGGGGAUCGAACCUACAACCAUUCAGCUGGGAGCCGAACACCCCAACCACUAGACACGUCAACCACAACAAUACAUUUUAACAAAAGUAAGCGAAAAAGCAAGCGUGACAGAAGCCAGACCAAAGUAAAUGAAGUGAUUAAUUGUUUAAGAUACAAAGGGAACUACAUCCUUUGGAGUUUAUAUGCACAAUCAAUAUCAUUAAUUGAAUAGUGACACUAAGCCAUGUCUAGUGCAUCAUGUGAAAUAAGGCCAGCUAAGUCUGUGUAGCGGUUGAUCGCUUUGUUCAUCAAGAUCAAUACGUUCGAGAUCCAUAAGUUAUAAUGAUAAUUUAUUGGUUGAUCUUUGAUAGUGGGAGAAAUAUGUUGUGAGGUUUGUUGCUCAAACCUCUCUUCGAUGACAUCUAAACUGGUUGAUUAAGAGUUAAUCAAAACGUGCCUUCAGAUGCUGGCUUUAGGGUUUGUAGGCCCUGAUAAAAAUAUAUUAAAAGUAUUGAAUACCAGUCACCAAAGUAAGAAGAGAAGUAAAAGUAUUUUUACCUUAAAAAAUAUAUACCAAAUCCAAAUGUCAUCUUGUUGAAUUAAUGAAUGUCAUCUUAUUCGUUUUAUUGUAGAUACACAUGUAAUCU